UGGAUAGUGGUGCGUUUGAUGCGGCGGAUAUGUCAUUCACCAGAGGGAUAUACAAUAAUUUCAUUCGUCGGGGAGUUUCCGCUGCUGAUGUCCUUACUUCUAAAGUGUUUACUGAAGAUCUGAACGUCUAAAUGGAUUAGAAACUGUGCUCUGAAGGCGCAGCAUGACCGCCACGGCUCGACGAAGGUUACUUAAGCGGCUUGGUCUAUCCUCCACUACCGAUGAUCAUUAAAAUCGAUCAAUACACACGGAGUGUUUGCUUUUCUAUAGGAAUAGUUCUUCGGCGUGAACAUGUAUUCCACAUGGAAUAACGUAAUCUGAGUGUCCGGUUUGUUAUUACAUCAUCUGCAUUUCUGUUAAUGUUGUAGUUGUUGUAUAAACUUUAAAAUUACGACCCUAUUGUUUAAAUGUUUCUUGUUAGUCUGUGAAUGUUUGAAACUCACGAUCUGAUUUCAUGGUAUAGUAAAUUAGUUUUGAUUUCGCUGUGAUUAUUUGUAUGAAAUAGUUUCGAAUUCUCAGUGCAGAGUGUUGAUAUUUUCUGACUAAACAGUAAAUCAUUUCUCUUCGGAUAUAUUUGAGAAAAUAAGACCAAUGAAGUGUGGAGUGAAAACAUCGCAUUUUUUGUCAAAUAAUUCAAUCUAGUAAACGAUAUGCAUUUACAUUUUGAAAGAACAACUUCUACGCGGACGGAUUGUGCUAUCUUGAGUUUGACAUGGAUGGGAAAAGUACCCGACGACCUGCCGGACGAAGACGGGUGGAAACUCAACCGGGUACAUUAUUACCAAGAUGGGUGGCUGGCCACUGGAAAUGCCCGAAGUAUUGUUGGUGUGACUUUCACAUCAUGCCACAAUCGAAAAAUGGGAGAUUUACCUUUAAGAUCCAACUACAAUUUGAGGGGACACAGGGCAGAGGUUACUCUUGUAAAAUGGAAUGAACCUUAUCAAAAGUUAGCAUCAUGUGAUAAUACUGGAACAAUAUUUGUUUGGAUCAAAUAUGAAGGACGAUGGUCAAUUGAAUUAAUUAAUGAUCGCAGUAUCCAAGUAACAGAUUUUUCCUGGAGCCAUGAUGGUCGCAUGGCUCUUAUCUGCUACAGGGAUGGAUUUGUUCUUGUUGGUUCAGUAUCUGGUCAAAGGUUUUGGUCUUCAAUGCUGAAUUUGGAUCACAAUAUAAAUUGUGGAAUUUGGACUCCUGAUGAUCAAAAUGUAAUGUUUGGAACAUCUGGGGGUCAAAUAAUAAUAAUUGAUGUCCAUGGUGCAAUUGUAGCAGAAGUGAACUUACAGUCUGAAGCUCCAAUAUCAUCAAUGGCAUGGUCCUGUGAAAAAUUCAAGAUGGAUGAAAGCUAUGAGGAAGAUCGUCAUAGUUUUGCAUAUUCUCAUAGAGGAGAAAGAGACAAAAGUUCAUCUCCUCCCAGUGAAAAACCAGCUGUUUUGGCUGUUUGUUUUGCAACUGGUACCAUAAAUUUAAUGAAAAGUUAUGACGAUUUAUUUCCAACCAUUAUUGAAACCAAUCUGAAAGGUAUAAAAAUGGAAUGGGCAAAUAGUGGAGAACUUCUUGCAGUAGCUGGGAUAUCUAAUGAUUCAACUGGUGGAAAUUAUAUUAAUAUGCUUCACUUCUACAAUGUGAAUGGAGUUUUACGGUUCCUCAUUCCCAUUCCUUGCACUCAAAGCCCUGUUACUGCACUGACUUGGGGUCACAACGACAAGCGUCUUUUUGUAGCAACUGGUUGCAUCAUACACGUUGGCUGGGUAACUCAAAAAAUUGCUUCUCUUCAACUGUUGGCACGCCUUGCAGUUUAUGGAGCAUUACAGAGUGAUGCCUUAAUUCCAAAACUUCCUUUACCGCAGCGUCUGCGAGCUUUAAUUUCUCAUUUGACUAUGCAAACCAUCAAAUGCCAUCUUCCUGAUCCCCAUCAUCUGAGAGAGUUUGUGUCCAAGCCUCCCUCAAGUGAUAUUCGCUUUCACUGUACAAUGAUCCGGCAUGAGGAUGAUGAUUUGACCGGAAGUGCUACUUACACCAUGUUUCUUGAGUACCUGGGUGGUCUUGUACCCUUACUCAAGGGCAAGAGAGUGAGCAAGCUGAGGCCAGAGUUUGUGAUAUUUGAUCCACAAUCUCUUGAGCCAGGUCUACCUCAUCCUUUAUACAGGGUCAAAGACUGUCAGCCAUACACAUUUCCCCCAGCAAAUCUCAAUACAAUCUUAGCAGUCGUUCCUGUGUAUGUCCCCUCAUCAUCAUCAGAUAGUGAAGUAGAUGAAGGCUGUGCUUCACCUAGAAUGCAGAGACGCAAGCGUGGAAGACGACGUCAUAUUCAUGGCAGAUCAGAAGGUGGAUGGAGAGAAAUAAUGUACAUAGAUGAACUACCAGAGGUACAAAAUUUGAGUGAGAAAAUUGUGUCUGUUACCUCUAAUAUCUGGGGUACCAAAUUUAAAAUCCUUGGUCUUGUUCCAUGGUUACCAGCUAUUCUCGGUACUGUUACUUACCGAACUAGUUUACUGCAUUUGCAGCCACGACAGAUGACUCUUCUGAUGAAAGAACUCAGAGGACCUCAACCUCGUGACUGUAUCCCUCCAGGAUCUGAUUCACCAAAGACAGGUGGUGCUGUUGUCUUUUCAGAAGAUGAAGAUGAACCAGAUCCCUCUUAUGAAGACACAAUACCAAUUGCUCCAAUGACACCCAAAAAACAACAAAGAAACCCUACUUUCCGUUGCCAUAUGAACCAAGACCAUGGAGCACAUGGUAAUGGCGACUAUGUGAACUUCAUUCCUAAUGAAGAAUUCCUCACAUUUGAAAUCUCUGGAGACAAAGGCAUGCAUGUCAUCAGUCUUCAGCGUGCAACAGAAAACAAUAGUGUAGUUUCUGUAGCCACUCAGACUAGUCUUUCUUGUGUCCCAGACUUGCCGCCAAAUGUUAUGAAGUACAACAUUCCAUCCAGCUCAAAUGGCUCAGGUCUUGCAUUUCUUAAUAAAAACUUAGAGAAAAGUCAUGAAUCAAAGUGUUCUACCAAUAUUGCUCAUACCAAAGAUAGUGCAUCAGUGGGAGGAAGCUAUCUUGAUUUGGAUUUAACUGAAGAUUUCACUGCUGCCAGUAGUGAUUCUUCAAAAGAUGCAUCAGCCCAAAACAGCCUCUCAGAAAAUGAAAAUUCGAAUUUGUCUUCACAAUCGAAUUCUAGCAAUUCUGUUGAUGGAAAAGUAAUUUCACCUUUUGUGAAUGUUGCCCCUAGUACAUCUGUUGGGGGCUUAAUUCUAGAUAAAUCCUACCGAAGUAGUCUUCAGUCACCUUUGACUACUCGAAGAAUUGUGGAAAUUAAUUCUAAUCCAUGUAACACCCAGAAACCAUUUUGUAUUUUGCCAUCAUCAUUGCCACUACAGAGUUCUGACAGUAAUGAGACUUCUUCAACAAUUGGAGCAUGUUCUGCAGACCAGGAUGGUCUUUUAAGUUCUGUUUCUAGAAAAACUGCUGAUAUGAAAUUCAUUGAUGACCCAGAGACACCAUGUUGUGAGAAGAUCUCAUUUCCAAGCAGUCAAAGUUCCUCAUUCUAUGUAAAUAGAAGUCAUAGCGCCAAUCAGUUGCAACAUGCAGCUGAAUUCACUAACGUCCGUGAACAAAGUGGUUCUUCAUUCAAAGAUUCUUGCAGACGAUUGACUUUAAAGCCUAAUCCACCCUGUGGAAAAAUGCACUGUCAUGAUUGCAUAGAGGGAGCAAAGUCUUGUGAUAUUAAGUCGUGUGAAGCUAAUGGAGUUUCUGCUGGGGAAGAAGGAUUCUAUGAUUUAGGUUGUUCUUGCCCCAUAGUUAAGAAACCUGUCACCUCUAAGUCAUCUGAAGUCUCAACCACUCCUGUUUUAAAAAGUGCUUUGAAGAAAGAAUUUCACAGUUGUGAGGAUGUGAAUAAAAUUUCCCAAGCUGUCAGAAGACUUAAACAGCUUAAGAACAUUGAACAAGUCAUUGCAAAAUCUGAAAAUUCCAGCCCCGUCCGACGUAGAAGCAAUGUGCCAAGUGAUAUCCCUGACUUGUCAGCAUCGUCCUUUUUGCAGGAACACCGUGCCAGUUAUCCUCAAGCUGGUGAUGAUACAAGUGAGAUGUCAGACUCCUCAGCUACAGUGAGUCUGAGCAUACCCUCUUCCCCUGUUGUGACUCGCAAGAAAAAUCAGAGACGAGGUAUUCUCUACAGUCCACUUCUGUUGAGAAAGAUGCGCCGUCAAAAGUUAGUUGACAGCUCAGAUGAAGAUGGAGCCUUCAGUGGUGAUGAUGUCCCAGGGGAGAAUUUUAAGGAUCUAGAAAGCUUUCAGAAAGCAUAUAUUCGAAGGAAGCUGAAAAAACGUGGAAGGACGGUUUCUGACUGUGUUCCGGCCAACAGUAAUCUGCCUCCUUAUCGAGAGUUCGUCCUUCACAAUAAAGCACCUCUCUGGAAUGACAUCAGUCAAGUGUAUCAGCUGGAUUUUGGUGGCAGGGUAACACAGGAAUCGGCAAAAAACUUUCAGAUUGAAUUUCAUGGCAGACAAGUUAUGCAGUUUGGAAGGAUUGAUGGCAAUGCUUAUACUCUCGACUUUCAAUAUCCAUUUUGCGCCCUCCAAGCAUUUGCAGUUGCUCUUGCCAAUGUGACUCAGCGCCUAAAGUAAUCUUCUCUUUGACAUCAUCAUGAAGCCAGUCUCCUAGUCAAUAGCCAUCUGCUUCGCAUAGAGUAUUUUCAACAGGCCCACUCUUCAUUCGGAUUUUGAUGGUGUUUUACCCUUUUGUGUUAAAUAUUAUAUGAUGAAGCCUUUCACUCUAAUAUUGUUGUUAUUAUUGGUUUGAAUAUGAAAAAUAUAGAUAUUUGCAAUGCUGUUAGGUUUUGGCCUUAAGUUUAAAUUGAUAGUUUAAGAUUAAGGAGACCUAUAAAAGUAAUGACUUAGUAACUGACUAUUCAUUUUAUGAGGUUUAAAUGUAUAAAAUCAGUUUAUGCCAUCUGUUUUCAUAUUUGACAAUAUAUUUAUAUUGAUUUUUUAUAGUAUAUUUACUUACAUUCUCUAUUGGGAAAAUUUAUCACUUUAACUAAUGAUUUUUUAAAUUUUUCUCUUGUUUCCUUUUUUUUUAUAAGUUAAAAAUUUAUGUAAACUUAUAUCAAAUACCACAAAGUACUAAUUUUCAAUAUCAUUUUUUAAUAUUGUUUCAGAAAAUCUUUUCUAUUUCAUUAUAGUUAAAUGUGCAUAGUUUCUUUUGCUAAUUAUUAUUUAGCGGUAUCUUUCUAAUUAUGUUGUUGUUUUUUUAAUUCUUAUAAAUCUAUUUAAAUUAUUUGUUAUACAGGGUGUCUGAGAAUUAGGGUAUUCUGAAAAUAAUUUUGAAUAAUAAAAAUAAAACAUUUAUGCCAAAUUUUAAUUUAUCAUCGAAAUUUCUAUGUGAUUAUAACCAAAUGAUAAAAAAUCUCAUAUCAUAUAUUUGCAAAUCAUCUGAGCAGUUAUGGUAUUAACAGCAACUGUCAAAUUCUGCUUCAGUUCCUUCAAAUUCUUUCAAGGAUAGAUACAAUCCAGAAAAAUAUUUAUGAGAAUAUGGAACUUAAUUUUGAAUCUUCCAUAAUAUAAUUUUAUUAUAAUUUUCACUUUAUUUCUCAACAAUAUUUUUAGUUAAAAACCUCUGUAUUUAAGUACUAAAUUUAGACAAAUUUAAACUUCGCACUGAAUUUCACAAAGGAUCCGUCUGGUUUCAUAUUUAUAAGAUUCCUCAUAUAUUAUAAGAAAACAUUUGGAUAGUAUGUUUUUAUGUUUGUCUUAUUAUUGUGUGUAAUUUGCUGUUUGAAUAAUUUUAUUAUGGAUCAAUAAUUCUAAUGCACCCUGUAUUUCUUGAAAUGCUAUUGCAUUUAUGUUUUUUUAAAUUGUUAUAAUGCAUUUUAUUAUUAAAAAUCUUAACAUAUGUUUUUUAUUGAUAUCUUUUUAAUUCAGGAAGUUAACAAAUAUUUCCUGGAAAUAAUUUUGUUAUGUAUAUGGAACUUCAUCUCAAGCAUGUACAUCAUACAAUAUGAACUUUACUUCAAACAACCUUUGUAUUUCAUGUGGAUAUGAUAUUGCAUGUAUUUUUACUUACUUUCCCAUCCUGUGAUAACAGUCCAAACUUUCACAAAAUGCCAUAACAUUACAUAUAUUUCGAUUUCUGAAAAUAGCAUGGCUAGUUCUGCUCAAGUCGUUAUGUCAGCAAAUCUGUCAUCUGACUAAUGAGCAAAGAGCGUGCUGCAAUAUUCCGUCUUAUUAUAAAGAAUGCUCAGUCCAUUUUAGAAAUAAUGACCUCAAUGUUCAUGUUGGGAUCCCCAGAAUUCUGUGUUUAGUUUCAAAUAGACAAAACUCAUCUCUGUGACUACUGUAGCAAAGUAAAUGACAUUAGCAUGUUGGUGUCAGUCCACUGCUCGAUACUGAUUUAUAGGUACAUGUUAUUUGCAUAGACAUUCUUCACAGGUUUUGUAUCAGAAUUUGGGAACUUCAACUCAGGGGUGAUUGCGAUCUGAUUGAUUAUUAGAUUUUUUACUUUACCAAAUCCAGAUUAAGGAAAUAUAUUCAUUAUCUUUCUCAUAUUCCUUUUUUCAACAGAUAUACAAUUCAGGGGUAAUAAUAUGAAGGAUAUUUCAAUAGAAUUUAGAAUUCCCUAGAAUACUGAUAGCUCAAUUAUUAUACAGAUUAUGAAAUGCUACUUAUUCUUAUUAAAAUUAUUUUCUUAUUUAACAUUAGAAAUCAAGAAAUGCCUAUUCAAGACUCUUGGGUAUAAUUCUAGAGAUAAUUUAAUAAAUGAUUGAAAUGCUUACCAAAAAAUCUAUACAUUCACGAAUUAUUUACUUUGAUAGUAGUUCUUCUGUAUAUUAUAAAUAUGUAUGUCUCUUGUUUAAUUGCAAACUUCAUGGUUUAAAAGUGAAAAGCAGUUUAUUACAACAAGGGUUUCUAAACUUUUAAAUGUUAUGACAAUUUUUUUCGAAAUCAAAAACAUCAUCUCUAUGAUGUCAUCUUCAACAUUUCAAAAACUCUUAAUAACCCUUUUCAUGGAAUUUUUUGUAGAGAUGACCAGUACACAUUCUUUCCAAAAGUUUUUUUUUUAUGGGCUGAAAGGGAAUUAUUAAAUAACAUAUAUAUAUAUAU